AUGGCCGAGUUGGACGAGAUUCUCAAGCGGUACACCGACCCCGCCACGGGUUCUGUGCACGGCGCCACGUUCGUUGCGGUUGAUAGCAAAGGCAACGAUCUCUAUCGCUCUUCCUUCGGCAGCAGGAAAGUUGACAGAUCCGAACCCGUGACGCCGGACACGUUGACAUGGAUCGCCAGUCAGAGCAAGCUGGUCACCUCGGUGGCUGCGAUGCAACUGGUCGAAAAGGGGCUGGUCGGUCUGGACGAUGACGUCCGCGAGAUUGUGCCCGCGCUCAAGGAUGUGAAAGUCCUCCUUGGCUUCGAGGGUGAGAAUGAGACGGCCGACGACCUGGAGCUCCUCGCCACCCUGAGAGCCGGUGGAAAGGUUGAUUUCGAGAAGAUCAAGCCCAGGGGAGAGCCCAUCUACGAGGAUGUCAAAGGGAAGAUUACCCUGCGGCAGCUGCUUUCGCACACGUCGGGGUUCUGUUACGACGUAGGCAACCCACUGAUCUUGAAGUGGUCAGCACAGAGAGGCCGGAAGGAGAACAUGUUCAGUGGAACGAUUGAAGGUUCAACACAUCCACUGAUCUUCCAGCCGGGGACCUCAUGGGUGUACGGUCCGGGCCUCGACUGGGCCGGCCAAGUGAUCGAAGCUGUCACAAAGACGGACCUUGAGACGUACAUGCAAGAAAACAUCUGGCGCCCCCUCCAGGCCACACGCAUGACCUUCCACCCGACGAAACACUUCUCCCCGGACCCGAUGCCCCCCAUCCACGAAUCGGCCGUGCGUUCUGGCUCUUCUCUCGCGACCGAACCGGGCACCUCGCCAUGGCCGCUCGAAGUGCGCGACGCAAUCGGUGGGGCGGGCCUCUACGGUUGCGCCUCCGACUACAUCAAACUGCUGUCCUGCCUCCUUCAAGGCGGAGCACCCUUGUUGGAGAAAGCCAGCGUGGACGAACUCUUCCGGCCCCAGAUCGGCGAGGCCAGCACGCAGGCGUUCCGCAACCACUUGCUCAUGGGUGUCGGACACCGCCUCUUCCGCCAGUCAGGCGAUGAGGCCACAAAGGACGAGUUGAUGCCUGUGGGCCAUUCGCUCGUCGGACAAGUCAACAUGCUGGAUGUCGAGGGGCGACGGAAGAAGGGAUCGGUGUCGUGGGGUGGAUUGCCGAAUCUAGCGUGGCUGAUUGAUCGCGAGGGUGGCGUGGCGGCCACGUUGUUCACGCAGAUUCUUCCGGCCGGUGAUAUGCUUUGCAGGGAGAUGCUGGUGGAGCUGGAAGCCGCGCUGUAUCGAUUGAAGGGGCAGAAAAGGCAAGGAUGA